AUGAACAAUACAUUAUGCAAAAAGUUGGAGUAUAAUAUCUCAAUUAUUAUAAGAAAUAGAGGUGCAGAUAUAACGGAAAUUGAAGGAAGGUUUGGGGAAUAUUCAGAAAUCAAUGGGGAACCUUCAGUGGAAGCGGGGGAUUUGGCUGAAUCGGGUGCUGGUGGUGCUGUACCUGGUGUACCAGUUGCUAGCCCAGGUGUUAAUUCAAGCGAUCCCCAAGAUGCUCAUAUAACAAUUAGUCAGAAUCAAAGUGGUCAAACUCCGUCCACCCUUGAUAAUGGUUCUUCGCAAGAUACAGAUCCUCCCUCGGAGUUACCGAAUUCAGAUUCAAGUGGUGCAAAUAGUAUCUCCGCCAGUCCACUACCCAUUUUAUCUACUGCGCCGGGAGUAACAGCAACAUUAUAUUCACCACCAGCACCUAAUCAAAAUGGGACAGAAGUUGUUAAAGGAAUACAGCACAAAAAUUCAUCACCAUCAGGUGGAAUUAUAAUCCAGGGAGGAUGGAAUAUAUGGAAUGUGAGGGAUGGCGUUCUUACCCCAUACCUUCCUUUCAUCCCUGUGCUGAUUGGCAGCGUUACCAUUGGUUACCUCCUUACCAAGUAUUUCGGAUUGUUCGGGCGACAGAAACGGCGUUACAAACGUAUGACACAAAUACCCCGUCCUCCUUUAGAGGAACACAGGGACGGAACGGAUGUAACGAUAUCCUACGAACCUUAUGAAUAUAUCCUAAUGAGAGAAGGGAAAGGCCACCACCUUACACAUACUACAGAAAUACAGCAAAAAGAACAUGUCAAUCGCAAGACUAUUAUUGAUAUACACCUAGAAUCAGUAAGCGAAUGCCAAAACCAAAACCAUGAGUCCGAAUUAAUGAACAAAGUCGAUUUUCUUCAAAUCAUCGUGGAAGAAUUGAUGAGAUUUAAGUUUAUGAAAGAACAGAGUUCAGGUAAUAAUAUAUCAGAUGAUUCUUUACGAAUCAAUGUUUUAUCCAACACUGAUUCUGUAGGAACGGGAACAGAACAAUUAGGAAUGAAACAAAAUUUUUCCUUAGAGAAUUUUUCUUUUUUAGAGAACGAAUGCAGCAUCCGAUAUUGGGUUAAUUGGAUCCAGCAAAAUAUGAAUGUGUUAGUGGAAAUAAAAACACAACCUUGGUUUUAUGACCUAAGGGUAAGUUGGAAUGAAUACCAAAGGGAUUCUCAACAAAGUCUAUUGAAUGACGACGUUUCAUCCAUGGAAAGUCAUAAAAAGGAAUUGUGGAAAGAGUGGGUAAGGAAACAACGUUCCCUUAUGGAAUGGAACAGUCAAAAAGAUUGGUUCAAACAUUUAUUCGACAGCAUAGAAGAGGUGGAUCCCGAAAUGUUAGAUCAGCAACAAUUGUGUAAAGAUUCGUAUAAGCCGAACAAUCGUUUAACAGUUAAGUUGUGGAUGUUAAUCUUGGCAUUAGUAUUUGAGGAGUGUGAAAGGGAAGAAAAUGUGUGUGAUAAGGAGUUUUAUUUAAAUCAUUUAUUACAAAAUGUCUGUGGAAAUAUGACGGUGUUUUUAUAA